UGGAUGAUCAACCGAGCAUUAAUUCUGCUAUUCUGUAAUUUUAACAUUCGUAAAUAUUUUCCAUGGAGGUCGUAUCACCCGUACCCACGUUUUGGAAUGAAUCGAACAGGAACGAAUCAUUGGAUACCAACGCUUUACUGGUUAAGUUGAACAACAAAGCAGCCUUGCUAUUCCUUCCAGUGACCCUGUUUAUGGCUUUUCUUAUGGUGAUUGGAAUAGUUGGCAAUGUUAUAGUUUGCAUUGUGUAUUUGAAAAGACAAAGAAAAUCUACACCCGAUCUUUACACAUUUAAUUUGGCAAUUUUGGACUUUCUCACCUGCACGUUCGGGAUUCCGAUGGAGAUUGCAGAUCUUUGUUUGCCUUAUACAUUUUAUGCCCCGGCUGCUUGUAAAAUAGUAAGAACUCUAGAAUCAUGGACGGCCUUAGCCUCUGCAUUAACACUGGUUAUCAUUUCCAUUGAUCGCUACAAACGGAUUUGCAAAUAUGGCGAAAGUUUCAGUAUAUCGACAGUAAAAAUUCUUUGCUUGGUUGCAAUGUGCGGAGGAGCUUUUCUUUCCUGGCCUUUAUUGAUAAUUGUUGGAAAGAGGACGGUCGACCUAGGAAUUCCCGGAAUUAAGGGUGUCGAAUGCUCUGUAUCAGAUCUGAUGCACCAAUCACUUAUCCCACUUGUUUAUUACGUCAUUAUGACUCUAUGUUUUGUAGGAAGUCUCGUUUUCGUUAUCUUCGUAUAUGUGAGAAUAUCUUUAUUUUUGAAAGAAACGAAGGCUACAAGGCUAAAAAAUAUUACAACUAGCUCUAUUUCAAGUCAACAGCCGACGGCUAUGUCCCGGUCCAUUGAUUCGGAGAAUAAACACCAAAACGCUGCGCGGACGCUCUCUAGAAAUUCAAAACAGACUUCCGGGGUGAAGGUUACGCGGACUACGACCAUUUUUGUUGCCGUAACAGUCGUUUUUAUCGUCAGUUUUUUUCCGUUUCUUGUUACCAUGCUAUUACGCCACAUCACCAGCGACAUGUAUGCCCAUCUGCCAAAAUCUGUUGAAAUAAUCUACUUGUUUUGCACCAAAACUUAUUUCAUCAACAAUGCAAUCAAUCCCGUGAUAUAUAGCUUCCUAAGCAGGAAAUUCAGAGAGGAUGUGAAACGUUUGUUUGUUAAAAAUUGUGAUACAAAUUCCCAAACCAUUGAUCGAACAUUUUCGACAAGUGAAGAACAAUCUCCAUGAUCCGAAAAUACAUUUUUUAACAUAAUUAUGAAUAACUGUUCAUCGCUUUUUAAUUCAAUAUGUUUUUUAAUUGGUUAGUUAAAGAAAUGUACAUUAACUAUUGUCAAAUGAAUUUAUACUGUUUAAUUAAAAAUAAUAUGUUUUACGGUGCUACCGUUCUGGCGAGCGCAGCAAAAAUUACACAUAUCUUGCAUCAGAUAUGUUAUUCAUGUCUCUGCUUGCAUCAUUGUCAACUUAUAGUUUUAUUUAGGUAUCAACGAACGUCAAAGAAUUUUUGAGAGAGUAUGCCAAAGGUACUAAUUUUAAUGGUUAAUACAUACAGCGCAACCCCCUACAGAGAGAGAGAGAGAGAGAGAGAGAGAGAGAGAGAGAGAGAGAGAGAGAGAGAGAGAGAGAGACCCGCUCCUGUUUGUUGGUGUGUAAUUUCCCACUUUUAAAUUUGAUGGUCUGACUAUAUGCAAUAUCUACAUAAAUUGUUUAACUGUUUAUUUUUUCAUUUUAUUCCUUUUUAUUAAGUUCAACAUGUCCUAUUGUUUAUUUCCUCCCUACUCAUAUACUUACCUGCCUACUGUACAUGCAUGCACAAUUGGCUUAAAAAUGGAUUGAUAUGACUGUAAAGUAUGGCUCUUGCUAGUAUAUAUACAUAAAAUCUCUAUAUUAAAAAAAAUUAUAAACAAAUCAUAUGUCAUUGAGGCAGGUAUCGCAGUCUAUACUGAAAUAGCCAGUACACUUAUUACAGAUGUUUGAUCCACCUCUAAUUUAUCGCGGGAAAUAUAGCGCGAGUGCACUGUGAUGUCAUCCAUGACUUUGUACGUUUUUGUUUACGUUUCUCGACUCAAUACGGAGGUAUGGAAGCAUGUAACAAAUCUUUUGAGUCUCGCCAAAGCAUAUGCGGUACUCAAAACGUGUCUUCAAACUUUAAGUCACCGUAAAUUACGAGUUAAAAGUCGGCCAUUUUUGGCAUAGCACCACGGGUGAAAACAUUAGAGAGCAUUAUGGGACGUAGACAAAAAAUUUUGUUUGAUGAACUGUAGGUUUAGCUCGUUCUUUUUCCCGCGCACACUGGUUCUUAGAGCUCGCUUCGCUCGCUAUAAAAUAUUAAGUUUUCUUCAUUUCAAUUAAGUA